AUGUCCCAAAUCCACUAUAACGACAAAUCACCUACUGAGACUGAUGAGAAGGCUCCUCAUCACCUCACGGUGAUGGACGUGUCCGAUUACCCAGAUGAUAAGCAAGUCAUCGCGGAGAACGGGAAUACAGUGACAGUAAAUGAAGUCAGAGUAGCAGAGGAAGCGAUUUUGGCAGAAGGCGAAUUCACUGAAGAAGAAUACAACCGUGUUAAAAGGAAGACAGACCUUCUUCUUCUCCCACUCAUGUGGUGGAUGUAUGGUAUACAACAAACAGAUAAGACUGGUCUCGGAACCAUGAACCUGUACGGUGUUCAAAAGGAUACUGGUAUGCAUGGUAACCAGUACUCUCUAUUGACUGUCAUCUUCUAUGCCGCAUAUGGUCUUUUCGAAUUUCCAUCUAACGUCGUCCUCCAAAGAUUCAACAUGGGUAAAACCUUGACUAUCUAUAUGUUCUGCUGGGGUAUCAUCGUGCUCUGUCAAGCAUUCCUCCAUUCAUGGGCACCUUUCAUGGUCUUGCGAUUCCUUCAAGGAGCUUUCGAAUGUACCAUCUCACCUGGUUUCAAUUUGAUCAUCGCAUCAUGGUAUCUUACCCGAGAGCACAAUGCUCGAGCUUUGGUGUUCCAAUCUGCCAACGCCGGAUGGGGCAUCGUAGUCGAUCUCACAAUGUACGGUAUUGCCCAAGCAGCCGAAAAGCAUGAAGGAGGAUUUGCAGCUUGGAGAGGUAUCGCCGUGUUCUUAGGUGGUCAAACCCUUCUGGCAGCAGCAAUCGCUUGGUUCAUGCUCGGUACACCUAACGAAGUCCGAUGGCUCUCAAAAAGAGAAAAAUUGAUUGCCUGUGCUAGGGUCAUGAGCAACAACGCUGGUACAGAUUUGACUGGUAGGAAGACUUGGAAAUGGGACCAAGUGAUUGAGGCGUUCAAGGAUCCGGUCAUGUACUUCCAAUUCGUCAAUGCAUUCAUGUCCUGUGUCUGUAACGGUUCUCUCACUACUUUCGGUACUGUCAUCAACAAAUCAUUCGGUUUCACCGAGUCUGAAGUCAUCCUCUAUACCAUUCCCCGAAGUGUCGUCUCAGUACUUUGGUUCGUGGUAGUCGGAUAUACCACGACCAAGAUCAAAGGUACAAGAAUGUACUUCAUGAUGGUAUCCUGUUUGUUCCCUUUCGUCGGUCUAUUGGUAAUCGCACUUUUACCAUCCGACGUCAGUUACAGAUGGAUCAAGUGGGGAAUGUACCUCAUGUCGGUGACUUUUGUCAUCCCCAUGUUCUCAGCCUGGUCCCUCAUCUCCUCCAACACGGCUGGAAGAACUAAGCGAAGUGUAAUCAGUUCAAUGUGUUUCAUCGCUUACUGCACUGGUAACAUCGCCGGUUCUCAAGUGAUGAAAGCGAAAGACGCACCACACUACAUCCCUGGAACUAUUGCCAUCGCUGCUUGUAUGGGUGUUGAAUUCGUCACUAUCGUUGUCUGGAGAUUGUACCUUGUCUGGACGAACAGAAGAAAACAAGCCAAGAUCGAAGCAAUGGGAUUGACCCAAGAAGAAAUCGAAAGGAAAGGUCAAGAAUUAGGUGCUGAAGAUACCACCGAUAUGAAAAAUCCUUUCUUCAUGUGA